AUGUCCCAGCCCAAGCUUGUCACUCGGUGUGAGACAGACGCCUUCGGGGAGAUCGAGGUGCCAUCGGACCGCUACUGGGGUGCUCAAACGCAGAGAUCACUCAAGAAUUUUGACAUCAAUCAACCGCAAGAUCGCAUGCCGGCUACCGUCAUUAGAGCUUAUGGGUUGCUCAAAGGCGCCGCUGCAGAAGUCAAUGUAGCGCACAAAGCCAUUGAUAGCCACAUAGGGCAGGCCAUCAUGCAAGCUGCCGCCGAAGUUUCGUCAUUAUCCUUGGUCGAUCACUUCCCCUUGGUUGUUUGGCAAACUGGCUCAGGUACGCAAACCAAUAUGAAUGCAAACGAGGUCAUUUCAAAUCGAGCCAUCGAGAUUCUGGGUGGAAAACUCGGCUCCAAGUCACCCGUGCAUCCGAAUGACCAUGUGAACCUUUCAGGUUCCUCUAAUGACUCAUUCGCCACGGUUAUGAACGUUGCCACCGUCCUGGAUCUCAAUGAAAGGCUUUUGCCUUCACUUCGCGAGUUUGGACAGGCUUCAAAAAGCAAAUGCCAUCAGUUCAAUGAGAUUAUUAAAAUUGGACGUACCCACCUCCAGGAUGCCGUACCGCUCUCGCUUGGGCAGGAGUUUUCGGGCUUCGCAACGCAGAUUGAGAAAUGUACUUCUCGAAUUGAAGCCACUAUGCCCGAUCUCCUUGAACUUGCAAUGGGUGGUACUGCCGUGGGAACUGGCCUCAAUACAUACGAAGGCUUCGCAGAGCACUUUGCUGAAGUUAUGAGUCGUAAGACUGGCCUUGGUUUCAAGACUGCAGCAAAUAAAUUUGAGGCCAUUUCUGCAAAUGACGCCAUUGUCAGCACCUCUGGUGCUCUCAACGUUCUUGCCUGUGCGCUCUUCAAAAUAGCCCAGGACAUUCGCUUUGAGGGUAGCGGCCCACGAUGUGGCCUAGGAGAACUCAGACUUCCAGCUAAUGAACCUGGAUCAUCUUUCAUGCCAGGCAAAGUUAAUCCCACACAGUGUGAAGCGCUGACUAUGAUCUGCGCGAGAGUGAUGGGCAAUCAUACUGCUAUCACUGUGGGUGGCAUGAGCGGCCAAUUCCAACUCAAUGCUUUCAAGCCUCUUAUCGUAAGCAGUGUCCUUCAUUCUAUCCGGCUUCUCAGCGAUGGUAUGAACAGCUUUCGAAAGAAUUUGCUUUUGGGCCUCGAAGCGGAUCAGGCAGCGAUACAAGCCACGCUUCAGAAAAGCUUGAUGUUGGUAACGGCUCUAAGUCCCGUCAUUGGGUAUGAUUCUGCGUCUAAAGUGGCCAAAUACGCCCACGAAAAAGGUAUCACGCUUCGUGAAAGCGUUAUUGAGCUUCGGAUGAUCUCUGGAGAGAUGUUUGAUGAAACUGUACGCCCAGAAGCAAUGGUAUUCCCGGCAAAGGUUGCCAUGUAA